AUGGAAGCUCUUUUUAAAAAUGGGAGCUUUCCUGAGCUAAAGGCAGUGAAAAUUGCAGAGAAUGCAGAUGAAAUACUCGGCAAUGAUGCAGGAAAGGUCAGGACCAAAUUCCUAGCGACGUUUGAUGCGGUUCCGCCGCAAGGCUCCAAAGAACCAGAAAUGUAUUUCAGGCUAAAUAAUUUUCAAAAGGGCUCGAAAUACGAAUAUUAUGCCGUCCCUUCGUCUAUUAAAGUGGAGGAAAACGUGCAAGGUGUGGAUUUUGGAAACUGGACCUUAAAAGGUGAAAUACCUGAGUCUUGCUGCGGAGAAAGCGUCUAUCAAACCCGCACGUGCAACGGAUCAGGUGCAGACUCCUGUGAUGGGCUGCACCUUAACCGUACAUUCCCAUGCCACUUGAAGUACCCUAUCACAUGUAGUGGAAAAGAGAGGAAAUUUUCAUUCAACAUUACCUUGGGAAAUGUUUGGAAAGAUGGGUAUGAAGACUUAAGUUCUAUGGAGUCUAAAGAGCUCGUUAGGAAACUAACCAUGGGAGAGGGGAGCUUGCUGGAAGAGGUUGAAAAUAUUUUCAAAAACAGCAGUACUGGUUAUAAAAAAAUGGAUUCCAAUUCGUUCAAAAUGUCACAAGACAAUGGCAAAGUUCGCGUUUCCUUUACUGUAUUGUUUAGCGAACCUCCAUCUAAUCCAGACGAUCCCGAGGCCGUAUUUCGAUUCAAAACUGAUGAUGGAAAAAUUGGUAACUUUGAAAUCGAUACAAAGUCUAUACAGAUCGAAGAAAGUGUUCCUGGAUUCACUUUUGAACCGUGGACUAACAAGAACCAGGAUGAUUGCAAUAAAUGCUGUGGUGGUCAACUCCAACAAACCAGGACCUGUCAAUCGAAAAUGGGCCGGUGUCCAGAUGCACAGCUGACACGAUCCAUUAGGUGUAACCAUGUCUGUGAGGAGGUCAAGUGUGCAGAUUCUUCCAAGACUGUUCCAUAUGUUUUGGGGAUACUCAUUUGCAUUUUUGCUUCGUCUUUCGCCUGGCUUUGAGCAAAACUUCUCGCGUCAAGAGGACAGUACACAUGCAUUACACUAACACUAUUGGUAUUUAUUAGCUUAACUUAUUAUAGGUGAACGACUCAGAUGAGCGACUGCUCGCAUUUUGUCAUGCUUAGUUUAGUGAAAAAUUUACGCAGAGUUUAAAAAUGUUAUUCCUUUUGCACAUUCUUAAUUUAGAAAAUCGUGAGGGAAAAGUACAAACAGUAGGAAUUACGAGUGUGCUAAAGUGGAGAUCAAUUAGGACCUCAUUACCUUGGGUGUAAUGCUUUCCUAUUUCAGACCACAUGUCAUUCCUUAGAGUAUAAUUUCUUUGUUUAAUGGUUGCGCAUGAGAAGACACAUGAAUAUGAAUACAGCACAAACAAAGAAUCUUGUUCUCAAGUGGAUAUGACACGUGGUCUGAAAUGGAGAAAUAUAACGCCCAAGGUAAUAAAGAGAUCUUUUUCACAUCAUCCAACCAGAGAGCAAAGACAUUUUUUAGUUGCGCUAUGGAUGUUCCCUCGUUCAGACUUAUAGAGCUUUUAAGUUGUAACAUAUUUCCGGGUCGAGCUGCUCAUAAAAACAGCUAAAAUAAAGUGAAAAAAGUUUACUAUGAUUUAACCUUAACAACUAGAUUUAGAACUGUAAUCAUCAAACCCUGUCAUGAAAAAAGUAGGGCAAAACUUUAUAAAACUGCUUUUUUUUUUUGGACCCGGUAGUCGUUCACUAUUGACGUCAAACUUAAAAGCGUAUAUUGCUUGUACGAGUAACUGACGUGAUUUAUUUUUCAUGUUAAUUAUAUUAUUUUUAUUUAUUUAUUUUUAACCUUGUUAAGCUUCAAAUAAACUACAGAAAAUAUCUUAAA